GCUUGUAUGUAGGGGUAAAUGCCCCCCAUUACAAUUAAAUAAAAAAAAAAUAGAACAAAAAAAAAAGCACGUAAAAUAUAACCUCCACACGUCGUCUCCACUUUUCUCGACGCGCGUCCGUUAUUCGCCGGCGGCGCAGCGUUCCGGCCACCGCAUCUUCCGGAGCUAGGUACUGCAACAAUAGCCAUUAGCCAGCCCAUUCAUUCUUCAUUUCCACACAUUCUUCUCUCUCCCGCUCCUCCAAACCCUUUUUUCUCGGACAAUUGUCCUCCAACUUUCUUCCAUCUUCUUCUCUCCUCCUCCCAAUCUUCUCUUCCCUGAUCAGACCGAACACUCCUUCUGAUCCAUCAAUGCCUCCAUUCUCGGAGAUUAAUCUAAAUCAAUGUUCUGUAGAUCCCAAUUUGAAGAAUCCGGUACUUCAUCUUCCCUUCUGAUGCCCGAUUAACCUAUACCAAUACACGAUUUCGCAGAUCUUCCCGGCGGCAGGGGAUAAAUGGAGAACGAGGAGAGAAAACCUUCCAGCUGUGGGUUACUCGUUCUCUACAACGCCUUCUUCCGCCGCCGUGCCGGAUCAGCCCCGGCCUCUCCUCGCCGUCCAUCCCCCUCCCCUUCUUCCUCCAAUGCGGAUUCCCUUUCCGGCGUAAGCAGCCAUUAUUCCAAGCGUCGGCGUCCUGGCUCCGAUCAAACCCCCAUCGCCGUACCACCCAAGAUCCUCGUCUCCCCCAAGACCGCCGGUGCAGCGCUUGCUCAGAAUCCACCAAACCGUCAGUCCGCCGGUCGCGGUGCACGGCCGCGAACCACCAGCGGGAUAUCGAUGGAUCUCGACAGCAUGAUCUACGAUCACCAACGCGCCAAGGGGAGCAACACCCUUGUCCGCGCAUCCUCCGGCAACGUGAUGCUGUUCAGCAAUCUGGGCAAUCUCCGAGCUCCCGGAGCCGCCGCUCCCAACCGAAAUGUACUCGACUAUCUCCCCAAGACGGCGAAGGAGAUGGAGUCGUCGGCGAGGGGUGGAGGAGGGACCAGCCCUGAGUCUGCGAGUACGAAUCCGGCGACCAUGUGCAGGGCGGUGUCGAGGAGGCUGGAUCCGGAGGAGCUGAAGGAGAUGGGGAACGAGGAGUAUAAUAACGGGAGGUAUGGGGAGGCGGUGGCGUUUUAUGAUAGAGCUAUAUUGAUUGAUCCGAAGAAGGCUGCUUACCGGAGCAACAAGGCGGCGGCUAUGAUCGGACUCGGCCUUCUUCUUGAAGCUUUGCAUGAGUGCAGGGAGGCUAUCAGGAUCGAUCCUUCCUAUCUCCGGGCUCAUCAUCGUCUUGCCAAUCUCCAUCUCAGAUUGGGUGAACCAGAGAAAGCGGCAAACCAUUACAAGCUAGCGAAGAGCGAAGCCAGUUCUGAUGACAUCUGUAGAGCAAAGGCCGUCCAAGUCCUUAUUGGCAAGUGCUCUGAGGCAAGGAAAUUGAAGGACUGGAAUACUGUAAUCAGAGAGACUCAGUCUGCCAUUUCUUCCGGUGCUGAUUCAGCCCCACAGAUCUUUGCCUAUCAAGCAGAGGCCUUUCUGAUGGUACUCAGACAGGAAGAUGCAGAGGAAACCAUGAUCGAUGCUCCCAAAUUCGAAGCCGAUGCCGCCACGCAGUUCUUCGGCGGCCCCAGCAAUGCAUAUCAGCUUUCAGUGCGAGCGCAGGUGGAUAUGGUUGCAGGGAGGUUUGAGAGCGCCGUCUCGCUCGCUCAAAUGGCUGCGCGGAUCGAUCCCGGCAGCAGGGAGAUCGCCGCCGUUGCUCGGAAGGCUCGGGCCCUCCUGGCGUCAGCUCGAUCCAUGGGUAAUGAUCUCUUCAAGGCCUGCAAGUAUGAAGACGCGUGUCUCGCCUAUAGCAAUGGCCUCAACCAUGACCCCCAUAACACAAUCCUGCUGUGCAACCGAGCCGCCUGCCGGUCGAAGCUCCGGCAGUGGGAAAAGGCCGUUGAAGACUGCGACGCCGCUCUUCGUUUGCGCCCUAAAUACAGCAAGGCUCGCCUGAGGAGAGCUGACUGUAAUGCCAAGUUGGAGAGAUGGGAGACUUGUGCGGAAGAUUAUGAGAUGUUGGCGGCUGAAAUGGCUGGAGAUGAGACGGUGAGGAAAGCCUUGCAGGAAGCUAGAGGGCAUCUAAGGCGGCGAAAGAGUGGAGGUGUUACAGAGGUGGAAGAAGAUGGCCCUGCGGUUGUUCAUAUCGGUAGUGAAGAGCAGUAUCAUUGUGCUAUCGCAUCGCAUGGGUUGUUGUUGGCGCUAUUCUAUGAACAAUCAGAUGAAAAUUAUAAAGGAAUAUUGCAUCAUCUAGAGCAGCUCUGCAAGCGACACACAUCUGUUGCUUUUCUCAAGGUGAACAUAGAGGAACAAGCUAGCAUUGUAAAAACACAAAAUGUGAGCUCAGUGCCUAUCUUCAAAUUAUACAAGAAUGGCUCCAACAUAGAAGAUAUUGCAUGUUCUGAUAAACAGCAGCUAGAGAGGACUCUCCAGAGUUUUCAGCAGAUGAAAGGAGAGCCCCUUCAAAGGCAUUAAAAGAUUGAAAUAUUCAUACAAUCAAAGCAAAAGAUUGUACAUUCAUGGGUCGAGAGGCCGAAGAAAUGGUAAAAUUGAAGGACAUAUGUGCAAACUUGUUGUUUUAUUUUGAACAUAUGUUCUUCAGAUUUGUUGUUUUAUUUUGAUUUCUA